CCUACUCAAAUCCAAACAUGUCCGCAACACAAACCCACGUCCUUGCCUAUGCCUUCCCACCCUCCGGUCACGUGAUCCCUCUCCUCGACCUAGCCAAAAGAUUAGUCUCUUCCGGCAUAUACGUCACCGUUUUGGUCACUCCUUCCACCCAAACCUUAGUCCCAACCAACUAUUCCCCUCUUCUCCAAACCUUCCUUCUUCCUGCCCCUCAGUUCCCUAACCCGAACCAGGACCCGAACCAAAACAGGCUCGCGGCAAUCAUCACCUUCAUGCGCCACCAACACUACCCGAUUCUCCUCGAGUGGGCCCGUGCCCACCCUUCACCUCCCUCCGCCAUCAUUUCGGAUUUCUUCCUUGGUUGGACUCACGACCUUGCACGUGACCUCCACGUGCCGCGUAUAAUUUUCUCUCCCUCCGGCGCGUUCGCUCUCUCUGUCUCCUUCUCCCUCUGGCGGGACCUUCCCCUAAACGACAACCCCGAAGAUCCCAACUCUGUCGUUUCAUUCCCUAACCUACCGAAUUCACCAACUUACCCCUGGUGGCAGAUCAGCCCAUUGUUCAGGGAGAGCGAGAGAGGGGGACCCAAUUGGGAACUUCACAGGGAAAACAUGCUCUUAAACCUCGACGCUUGGGGCGUCGUUUUCAACUCGUUUACUGAGUUGGAGCGAGUUUAUCUGGACCACGUGAAGAAAGAACUCGGCCACGAAAGAGUGUGGGCCGUAGGUCCGGUUUUGCCGCUUGAGGAAAACGGUUCGAACAGACCGGAAGAAGACCGAGGCGGGUCCAGCACCGUCUCACGCCACGAGCUGAUGACGUGGCUCGACUCGAAACCGAACGGUUCGGUGGUUUAUGUCUGCUUUGGGAGCCGUGGGGUUCUCACGAGCGAACAGAUGGAUGUUUUAACACGUGCCUUAGAGCUCAGUGGGGUCCAUUUCAUAUUUUCAGUUACGGGUCCCGACAUGAUACCAAGUGGGUUCGUGGAUCGGGUACGGGGCAGGGGAUUUAUAAUCGAGGGGUGGGCCCCGCAGUUGGUUAUACUGAGUCACCGCGCCGUGGGUGCGUUCUUGACUCACUGCGGGUGGAACUCGGUGCUGGAAGGAUUGACUUCUGGUGUAGUGAUGCUGACAUGGCCAUUGGGUGCGGACCAGUUCACGAACUCGAAGUUGUUGGUGGAUCAGCUGGGCGUUGCGAUUCGAGCCGCAGAAGGGACCGAGAAGGUUCCAGAACCGAGCGAGUUGGCUAAGAGGAUAGAAGGGUCUCUGGGGAAGACUAAAGAGAGGGUGCGAGCUGAAGAGUUGAGAGACGCAGCCUUGGGUGCUAUAAAGAAGUAUGGGAGCUCCCAUAAGCAAUUGGAUGCACUUGUGAAGCAGCUCAAUGAACUCAAGAAUGAACAAGUCACCGUUUAA